ACUACUUCCUGUUGUCUUCUUUUGCGUUUGCGCCAGUAGUAACAUCUGGCUUUUGAUCACGUGACUCCUAUGACGCUGAAAGUGUUUCGAAAUAAAACUGCAAUGGAAGCUCAAAACACUUUAGAGUUUUUGUGCCUCAAUUUAACAAAUUUAUUUUCGUAAUUUCCAUUUUGGCAAUUUUAUGUUUACUGGAAGCGCAGCUAUUGACUUCUUGUUUCUCAUGUGAUCACUUUCUAGCGGAAAGUUUGCUGACUGCUGGCUUAAAAUAGACCAUUCCAGUAGAUCAGCAAAAUCACACACUGAAAAUGUGCUGCUGAGAGUGAAAUCCGUGGGUGACGGCUCGGUCCAGAGGGACCAGUACGCGGGGUUCGGAGGGAUGUCCCGGCGCACGCAUGCGAACGCAGACAGCGCAUGAAUACUAUCUCCAGCAUGCCGCUUCGGAAGUAGGUCACCGCUCCGCCGAUCCGUGCACCAUGUCUGCAGCUGCUGCCGGCUGCUCGCUCCGUGGAUCGCCGUCCGCCUCGCUCCGGGUCCGAGCCGAGGUUCGGAACUAAAGACGGGCUGGGUCACCCGGCGGGACGCAGGAGAUUAAUGCCGACCUGACGCCAUCUGCUGCACAACCUUUGGAUGACGAGAUUUCGGCACAUCUGCUCACUGAUGCUGAGACCAUGGUGAAAGCGCAACAGAGCCAGCCGUUGCAGCGCGGGAAACUGCAGAAGAAGAAUGCUUGCAAGAAGAAAGGGGAACUCAAACAGAAGGGAAAUGUGGGAAAGAAUGAGAUUAUUAAAAAACGAAAGAAGGACCCAAGAGGUUUUUAUCGCGGGAAGCCGACUGGAGGAUUCGGUAAAGGAAAGUCCUUCUCCUGUUGCGUUCUGCUGACCCGUCUGGAUGAGAAACGAGUCAACAAAGAAAAGAAUGCAAAAUAUAAUCUGCAAAAGAGCGUCAAAGACAAAAAGAAAGAGCUCUCUGUUUCAAGAUCGACCAAAUCUGGACUUAUGUCAGCUUCCACCGCCAAUCAGCAAACUCCAGAACCAAAAACCAACCAAGAGGACGCCUUACUCAUGCUAGCUUCCCCGGUUGUCGAGCCUCGCAGGCGCAGAAUGGCCUCCCUGAACGCCGAGGCCGUCAACAGUUUGCUGCUCUACAGAGACGGCUCGAUGAUGGCCGACCUCACAAAGAAAUCACAGCCUUCAGGCGAAGACGCAGACGGGGAUCCAAAAGCCAAAAAUAUUUCUGCAGGAGGGAAAAGAGCCAAAAAACAGAAGGAUCAGGCGGAGAGCAUCGACUGGUUGACUUUGCUAGCACCGACGCCGCGACGUCAGGCAGGCCUCACCGCCGCCACGCUGCUCAAACUCACCGGUUCCCAGUACAAAACCAAACGACAGAAGAAGACAGAGUCCAAUCAGGGCGGCUCAAACGUUGACCCUGUCUGUGGAGGACCAACGCAGACCAAAACAAGAAAACCGCACUCCAAAUCAAAUGAGCUGCUGAAGCACAGAAAAUCGGAUGCAGAGUUCCCGGCUCAGUCCAAAAUGAGCUACUGCUGUGGUCAGUGUCAGCCGGGCACCACAGCGGGGCACGGCUUCCAGCGCGGCUCGUCGCUAGGAUUCCCCUUAAAAACAAUCAAAGAGGAGCAGAUGGAGGCAGAAGUCACUUCCUGCUUUUGCUGCUCCCAAGAGAGAUGCGUGGAGUACUGUCACAGACUGGCCCUCUUCCUGGAGGACAAGACCUUUAAGGAGCCGGAGGACGGCUCAAUGUCCGACGUGUUCCACCACCACCACCACCACCAUCACCAUCAUCACCACCACCACCACCACCUCCAGUCGCCCCAUUCUGUCGCCCACCCCGCCGCCAUUACCAUCAGCCCGCACACGUACACUUGCUUCCCGGGCUACUACGUCCACUUCACCCAUCCGGACAGCCCGCCAUCGCCAAUGCCGCCCCUGGCUUUGAGCCCAAGGAGCAGCAAGAGGCCAAAACUGCACCCCAGCGCCGGUCCACAACCCUCAGGGAUCAGACACCCGGUUUACUGCUGCACUUCAGUGGAGGCGUGUUACGGAGAGCCCUGCAGAAUCAAUGGCUACUCCUAUCCCAGUGUGAUUCCUGCCAUCACCAGAGGGGGGUGCCCUUACACCCCCAAAGACUGCGCCAAAUGCAACCAAGGCAUCAAAAGAGAAGAAUACUCGCCGAGUCUCGGUGAUCACCACGGCCCGUCCUUCAUCCCCAUGUGUCCCAGCCCCAGAGUUCUGACUGGCUGCCCCGUUCCCACUGUGCCUCCAGCCGGCCAAUCCGUGGCCCACGUCCAGACGCCACCCUCCAACCCCAGCCGACCACAGCCGCCGCUGCAGGUGGCGAAGGAGUGUCCGCAGAGUGCCAGGCCGCCCAGCAGCGGUUCGAGGUCCGGAGCCCGCGGCGGCCUGGCCGUCCCGCCUCUGAACCGGGACAAGAACCAGAGGCUCAGCGCCGCCUCGGUUGGAGGGCAAACGGUUCCCAAGCAGCCGAAGAACAGCCGGCAAAAAUCCACCAACGGCUGGAGGUCGCUGGGCCAGCCCUUUGAGAAGGAGGUUUUUGUUGUUGUAAGUAGAGACGGUCAUGCCAAAAGUCUUUUAGCAUCUUUCAAACAUUCUCUAUUAGAUUCAAAUUCGCUUUCUUUCUUCGAAUUGGAGAAAAAAUGUUGGUAAAAUAAGUCUGAUCAGUUUUGUGUCCACUCACAAAUUAGCCU